UAGUAGUUCGGUAUAAUGGACUCCCAAAAAUUGCGGACUGAGGGUAAGAAGAUGCUGGAUUUUGUGGCGGACUACUGGGAUGGUAUUCGUGAUAGAAAACCACUGCCUGAUGUUAAACCAGGAUAUAUUAAUGAUUUGGUACCAGCCCAAGCCCCUGCCACCCCAGAAGACUGGGCAAAAAUCUUUGACGAUCUCGAAAAUGUGGUGGUGAACGGAGCCACUCACUGGCACCACCCACACUUCUUCGCAUACUUUCCAACAGCUCUCAGCUAUCAAUCGAUCAUGGCUGAUAUCCUAUCCGGCGGAAUUGCUGGAAUCGGAUUCACAUGGAAAUCGUGCCCAUCAAUGACAGAACUAGAAAUGUCAUCUUUGGAUUGGGUGGUUGAUCUUAUGGGAUUACCAGAACAUUUCAAAAACUCACAUAAUGGUCCAGGAUGUGGAAUUAUUCAAAGUACCGCAUCGGAUAGUACAAUGAUUGCCAUUAUGGCUGCGAGAGCUACACAUGUUGAGAGAAUCAAGUCGGAGCCAACUUUUAUGAAAUGGGUCUCUGAAACUGGAGUUGGCAAGACACUCAAAAACAUAUUCGAUAGAGUCAAAGUUAACAAGACGUUGGUUGCACGAGCUUCAGUGACUGUGGACGACGAAGCAUCUGGAAUGAUAACACCGUACUUCCACGAUCCAACAGUUUUUGAGAGAUUUGUCAUGUAUUGCUCUGACCAGGCUCACUCUUCCGUUGAAAAAGGAGCAAUGCUCUCCGCCGUUCGAAUGAGGAAACUCAAGGCGACACGUGGAUUUUUAGGAAACUACGGAGUUUCCAGGGAGACACUUCAGAACGCUAUUAAAGAAGACCGUGCCCGCGGUUAUAUUCCAUUCAUGUUCCUGGCGACUGUCGGAACCACAUGUUCUUGUGGAGUUGAUCAGGUCGAUGAGCUCGGCCCAGUCUGUGUAGAAGAGGGUUUGUAUCUACACGUUGACGCAGCAUAUGCUGGAACAUUUGCUCUCUGCGAGGAGUUCAAGUACUUGAUCCGGGGUAUGGAGCACGUGGAUUCAUUCAAUUUCAACCUACAUAAAGCUGGAAUGGUUAACUUUGACUGCUCGCCAAUGUGGUUCAAGAACGGAACUCAUGUAUCCCGUUAUUUCAAUGUAGAUGCCGUAUAUCUAGCUCACGAAUAUCAAACAACUGCCUCAGAUUAUAGGCACUUACAAGUCGCCUUGGGCCGGAGAUUCAGAUCUCUGAAAAUUUGGUUUGUCCUCAGAAAUAUGGGCGUCGACAAGAUUCGCGAGUAUCUGAGACGGACCGAGCUCUUGGCUGCUGAAUUCUCCAAGUUGAUUCUGGAAAACGGAAAGUUUGAGCAUUUCGUGCCGCAGCAUUUGGGACUCACAUGUUUCCGAUUGAAAAAUAGCACCAACGCGGAUAAUGAGAAGCUCUGUAACGCAAUCAAUGAUGAUCGCAGAAUCCACUUGGUUCCAUCAACAGUUCACGGAACCUAUUUCCUUCGAAUGGUUGUUUGCAGUCAGCUAACAACUCUAGAUGACAUUAUUUACGCCCGUGACGUCAUCUUUGAACUCGCCGAGAAAUUAUUCUAAAUUUUAAAUGUUUUUGAAUUUUAAAACUAGUUUGUAGAAAUAAAAACGGCGUCACAA